CUCCUGGAAACAUCUGGACAGAGCCGCUGCGCACAGACUGAAGGAUGCGCGUCUUCGCUCUCAUCUGGACACUCGGCUUCCUGCUGAAGGAGGCGCAGGCAUGGGGCUACAAAAACGGAAUAUUUCACAACUCGAUAUGGCUGGAACAGGCAGCUGGAGUUUACCACCGGGAAUCUCGCAAAGGGAGAUACCAGCUGACGUAUAAAGAGGCCAAGGCGGUCUGCAAGUACGAGGGAGGGAACCUGGCCACUUACGAACAACUGGAGGCGGCUCGGCAAAUAGGUUUCCACGUGUGUGCGGCCGGAUGGUUCGACAGAGGGCGUGUUGGUUACCCCAUCGUCAAAGCUGGGGCAAACUGCGGCUUCGGGAAGGUUGGCAUCAUCGACUACGGAUACAGGCUGAACAAAAGCGAGAAGUGGGACGUGUACUGCUACAACCCCAACUCCAAGGAGUGUGGUGGCGUGCUGACAGAUCAGAAGAAGAUCAUUCAGUCCCCAGGUUUCCCUGAGGAGUACCAGGACGAACAGAUCUGCUACUGGCACAUCCGCGUCCGCCUGGGCCAGAGGAUCCGCCUCCGCUUCCUGGAGUUUGACGUGGAGGACGACAUGGCGUGCAUUGCAGAUUACCUGGAGGUGUACGACAGCUACGAUGAUGUCUCUGGUUUUGCUGGGAGGUUCUGUGGCGAUUAUUUACCUGAUGAUAUCAUCAGCACAGGAAACGUGAUGACGUUAAAGUUCCUCUCCGACGCUUCAGUCACAGCCGGCGGCUUCCAGCUACAAUACACUACCUUUAAUGCAUCUCUGUUCCCACACAAUUACACCGACUAUUUUCACUGACUAAUGGUUUAACACACUGAUGUCAUCCUGUUGCUGUAUUUAUAAUGUUAUUGGUUACCUCGUGUACUGUAAUAAAUGAGUGUUUAUAGCUCAUUAAAGGAAUCAUUCUGUCAAAUAAACAAGGUCGUUAAAUCGUGUUUCUAAUAUUGUUCUUAUGUUAUAGAAACACUGUCUUCACUGGUCCUGAGGCUGAACCUACUUUAGACAAAAUAAAACUGGUUUCCAUUUAUUCCCAUUCAACCUUUCCCCGACUUUCAGGCUGCAAAGUUAAAUUAACACUGGUGCUUCUGUUUUUAGUGACUUAUUUCUGCAUCUUUUAUCAUCCAUAAAAAGAUCGAGUGCCACAGAUUCAUUGUAAUUUACUUGAAACUAUUUCAGUGAAAACAUUGCAUACAUAUAAAAAAAACAAAGCUGUUAUACAACUCUUUUUCUUAAUAUAUAUUUUCACUGGCUGUAAUAUAUUCAGUGGAUUUAUUUCAGAUACUAUAUUGACUCCAGGGUUGUGUCUCUGGCCUGUUUUUCAUUGGGUUCAGUUACAGGUUGUAAUUGCUUGGUUUGUUGCAUACUGGACGAUCUUGUUCCACGUGUUAAUCUUAGUUCAAGACAUGUUAUUUCACAAUUGCAAACGCUUCUGAACUAAUUUCCGACUUCAUCAACGAGUAGCUACCUGCUUCUUCUUGUUAUAUAAACACCUUGAAUUAUCUUGUUUGUAUUAUAUCACUGUUAUUAUGUAUUUAAGCAACUUUAUUUGGCAAAGUCAACAUUGGUAUAGCAUC